GGGUUUCUGGGGAGGAUUAAGGGCAAGAUUUUCGUGAUAAAGUCAUUGGCCCUACAUAGAGUGGUGCUGGAACAUGUGGCGGUCGGAUUCGUGACCCACUGCGGUUGGAGCUCCAUCCUAGAGGCUGUUAUGCGCGGGAUGCCGAUGAUCGGGUGGCCGACCUACACGGAGCAGAGAAUGGACAUGGUGUUCAUAGUGGAGAAGAUGGGGGUAGCGCUAUCGUUGGAUGACGGGGACGACGAGUUCGUGGUGGCGGCGGAGCAGAAGAAGACUUCACAUUUGUUUCCCCUGCGCUCUCCUUUUAACG